AUGCCGGGAUGUUUGUCACAGCUCUCUACAUUGCUCUCCCAUCAAUCGUUCGAGAAUGUUAGCCCUAGCACUUGUGCUCCCCACCGCCAAACGGAGCUUGCCGUGACCCAUUCCAAGCUGAACGAGUUCAAUCCCACCUCCUUCCCAGUAGAAGUUGUUACGCACAUCUUCUGUAUCCUGAAACCCCCACCAGACUUACAUGAUCCACGUGACACUAUUCACAGCCAAGGGGCUCCCUUGACACUCGACAUACGUGGUUACACCAAGUUUUCACGUUAUGCUAUCCAUCUGGCAAUGACGCCACUUCGUGCUAUCCGUUUGACAGUGAAGCAUCUAGUUCACACCCGUACACUCAGAAAAUUACAGGAUCUCCUUCGCUGUGCAUUUGGUCCCGCUCCUCUUCUGGUUUCCAUUACAGUCAUCCCUACAUCAUGCAAGCCCGCCUAUCCUAUCACAUAUCAUACUUUAGUUGAGUUCAAAACCCCUGCGCUACGGAAACUCAUCCUGGAUGAUAAUAUCGUGUUCAACGGUGGUGCCAGUUUGACCGUGCUUGAAGAUAUCACGCACCUAGUAGACAUCAGAAGUAUCGCGAUCUGGCCUACGCUUCGUGCAUUCGUUAAUAUUCACCAGAGAAUGUCGUCCCUGCAAAUUCUUGCACCGGAGCUUAUUCAUCUAUAUUUUUUCCCGAUGUCCAUCAUCAACCUGCCUCGUUUGUCGAGUAUCAAGCUAAGGGGGCACGCACUCAUGUACGACUCGGAGAAGAAUGUCAACCUUCCUGAACUCCUCGCGGCUGUCUCUGCACUGCUCGCGCAAAAUGCAACAGAGAUGAAAUGCAGCUGA